AGUCUUGCACAGGUGUACCGGCUCCUCCCCUUCAGUCUUGCACAGGUGUACCGACUCCUCCCCUUCAGUCUUGCACAGGUGUACCGGCUCCUCCCCUUCAGUCUUGCACAGGCGUAUCGGCUCCUCCCCUUCAGUCUUGCACAGGCGUAUCGGCUCCUCCCCUUCAGUCUUGCACAGGUGUAUCGGCUCCUCCCCUUCAGUCUUGCACAGGUGUACCGGCUCCUCCCCUUCAGUCUUGCACAGGUGUACCGGCUCCUCCCCUUCAGUCUUGCACAGGUGUACCUGCUCCUCCCCUUCAGUCUUGCACAGGUGUACUGGCUCCUCCCCUUCAGUCUUGCACAGGUGUACCGGCUCCUCCCCUUCAGUCUUGCACAGGUGUACCGGCUCCUCCCCUUCAGUCUUGCACAGGUGUACCGGCUCCUCCCCUUCAGUCUUGCACAGGUGUACCUGCUCCUCCCCUUCAGUUUUGCACAGGUGUACCGGCUCCUCCCCUUCAGUCUUGCACAGGUGUACCGGCUCCUCCCCUUCAGUCUUGCACAGGUGUACGGGCUCCUCCCCUUCAGUCUUGCACAGGUGUACGGGCUCCUCCCCUUCAGUCUUGCGCAGGUGUACGGGCUCCUCCCCUUCAUUCUUGCGCAGGUGUGUACCGGCUCCUCCCCUUCAGUCUUGCACAGGUGUACCGGCUCCUCCCCUUCAGUC